AUGGACGAGAAAGACAGCACAUUCAAACAGAAGCAAAAAGAGGAACAGAAGAAACCUGAGGAGCUAAAAACAAAGACCGUGGGGAAGGGCCCCCUGGCCACAGUUCCAUUUCCUAUCUGGCUGGAACGCUGCCUGGCUGCAGAACUUAAAUUAUUCCGGAAGGAGGAGCGAUUCGCGAUUCGCUGGCAGCCCUCUUCUCACCGCAAGCCGAGGAGAAGAAGUCCUGCAAAGAUAGACCUCACACAGGACCUGUACUGGACCCCAGGAGACAGGCUGGACGCCUUCCUGGAGCACAGCCUUCAGCCCCAGGGGGACUGGAAGGAAAAAGGACAGGAUGCCUGGCAGAGAGUCGAGAAGUUCUUUCGGAAUCAGUGCUUCCGAGAUAAUCUGGUUCUGGAUGAAGAGGUCAGGGUGCUGAAGGUGCUGAAGGGCGGCUCUUGGGCAAAGGGGACAAUGCUGAAUCACAGCUCCGAUGUGGAUAUGGUUUUGUUCCUGAGCUGCUUUACCAGCUUCAAACAGCAGGCAGAUUUCCUAGGACCCAUCGUUGACUUCAUUGAGAAGAGACUGGAUCACUGUAGUGAAAGCCUGGCCUACAAUAUCACUGUGGCUCACCACAUACCGGGACCCAGAACACCUCGCUCCCUAAACGUGCAGGUCCAGUCCAAGAAGAACAGUGACAUCAUUCACAUGGAUGUGGUCCUGGCCUUCGAUGCCUUGGGAUCCUUUUGCCCAGACUCUAAACCAGCACCGAAAAUCUAUGAAGAUUUAAUAAACAGCUGCAGGUAUCCUGGGGAGUUCUCACCAAGCUUCACAGUGUUACGGAGGGACUUUGUAAAAAGGCGCCCUAUUAAACUGAAAAACCUCUUGCGGCUGGUGAAGUUCUGGUACCUGAAGUAUGUGAAAUCUCAGUAUCAAGGAGCAGCUCUGCCCUCAAAGUAUGCAUUGGAGCUACUCACCAUCUACGCCUGGGAAAUUGGUACUGACCAACAAGAGAACUUCAACAUGAAUGAAGGAUUUGUGGCUGUGAUGACACUCCUCAGAGAUUAUGAAGGCAUUUGCAUAUACUGGACCAAGUAUUAUGAUUUCCAGAGUGAGAUUGUCAGAAAUUAUAUCAAACAACAACUGAAGAAGAGUAGGCCCAUCAUCCUAGACCCAGCUGACCCCACCAAUAACCUGGGCAAGGGAAGAAGAUGGGACCUAGUGGCCAGAGAGGCUGUUUGGUGCCUGCAGCAGGUCUGCUGCUGGACUGAAGACCCCAGCCAGGGCUGGCAUGUACAGCAAGCAAGGGAUGUGCAGGUGACAGUGAAACAGACAGGGAAGGAGGACUGGACAUUCUCGGUGAAUCCCUAUAGCCCCAUCUGGAGGAUAAAGGCAGACAUCAAGAUGAGAAAUGGCAUCUUGGGGAAUCAGCAUCUCUCCUUCCAGGAGCCAGGAGGGGAGAGGCAACUGCUCAGCGGCCAGAAGACCCUGGCAUGCUAUGGGAUCUUCUCUAAGGUGAACAUCCGGGUGUUGGAGACCUUCUUUUAUCAGAUCCAGGUCUUCGUGAAGGAUUCUACUGGCCAGAGCAGGCCUUAUGCCAUUAAUCCUUAUGGCACCAUUCUUGUCUUGAAAGAGCAAAUUAACAAAGCUGGAGGACCUCUUGUGGAGGAGCAGUUACUGAAGUUCCGUGGCCGGAAACUGAGCAAUCAUCAGAACCUUGCAGACCUGCAGAUCAAAGAUUGUGACACCAUUGUGCUCAUUAGAAGGUUAAAGGGCCUAAUAGUGCCUUUGAUAUAGACUCCUGUGGUCCUCUCCCCCCAUCCUACCCCUUUCUGCUCACUGUACUCUUUCUGAAGCCUAAAUAUGAACAUAACCCUGCCCUGCUUAAAAUCCUCGAAUGUCUCCCCAUUACCUACAGAGUGAAGUUCAAGAUCCUUGCUUCCUCCUCAAGCUCUCCUCACCAUUCAGAACACAGAUGUUCCCUAACACUUGCAAUUCCAGAACACUGACUGCUGGGUCACAACUCCAUCACUUUAAGUCACCUGUCAUCCCCUCCCUCCAUGCUUCCAUCUUUCAAUGCCCAAACUUCUAAAUCACUGAAUAUCAAAUGGUGAACCUCACACCAGUAGAAUCAGCAUCACUUGGGAACCACCGAGAAAGGAAAAUUCCCUGCUACUCACCCACACUUAAUCUGAGUCAGAUUCUCAGGUGAUCACACUCAGCAGCCUGUGUCUUAAUAGCCCUUCCAAAGAAUUCUAAUGCAUGCUCAAUUUGGGGACCACUGCUAUAUGUUCUGUACAACGGGCCAAGUCCUCCUUUUCCCUUAUCCUCUCCCCUCACUUUGGUCUAAGUUUUGUGUAAGUACCUGAGCCUUCACUAUGUUCCUUUGUUGGAUCGUCUAUUCCCUGGUCUAAUGAGCCUUGAGUAAAGCUAUGUCUUACUUCUGUC